AUGGAGAAUUCAACUGAAAUAUAUUUUUUUGUUCUACAAGGACUGAAGGAGUUGAUGCCAAACAAAAACACAUAUUUUGCGGUCACUCUUCUAGUUUACCUUUUUACUCUUGUGGUGAAUAUGAUUUUGAUUGUGACAAUUAUUUUGGAGAAAACGCUCCAUGAGCCCAUGUUUAUAUUUCUAUGUAGCUUGUGUAUAAAUGAAAUAUAUGCUGCCUCUACAUUUUAUCCUAAACUAUUGUUGGAUCUUUCAUCUUACAUGAGGGUUACUUCGUAUGAAGCUUGUCUAAGUCAAAUUUUUAUGUUAUACAGCUACGCCCCCUGCGAGUUUACAACGUUAGCAGUGAUGGCUUAUGACCGGUAUAUUGCGAUAUGCAAGCCGCUCAACUACCACUCAAUCAUCACGCCUCGGAAGGUGAUGAAUUUACUUAUAAUUACCUGGCUAUUAUCCAUCUGUGAAUCAUUUGUUGUGGUGGGCCUGGUAGCCAGACUACCUCUCUGUGGAUUCAACAUAGAUAAGAUAUACUGCACAGCCUGGGCAGUGAUAAAACUGUCGUGUGUUGAUACCACUGUUAACAACGUAUACGGGACCCUUCUCUCUGUUUUUCACGUUUCACAGGUAGUGCUGAUUUUGCUUUCCUAUAUUAAUAUCGUCAAGGCAUCUGCGCGAUCGCAGGAACAACGGAAUAAGUUCAUGCAGACAUGUUUGCCCCAUUUAAUCUCAUUGACAAACUUCACAGUCGCAAUCAUUUUUGACAUCAUGUACGCUCGCUAUGGUCCCACCACCCGUCUACUGGCUCUCCGAAAUUUCAUGUCCCUGGAGUACCUCGUUGUUCCACCGAUCUUAAACCCCCUCAUCUAUGGCCUGAAAAUGAACCAAAUCCGCCGGAAAAUCUUUAAAAUUUGCAGUCAUAAAAAACGUACUCUAAAGUGA